AUGACAGUGACAGAUCCAGGAACUCGGGAGCUGAAAUCCAUGACAGCUGCCGGGGUGGUGAAGGUCUUGGAGAGUAGAGGAGACCUUCAAGAACACCGUGUUAAGGAACCCCCAGGCUCCUGUGUCACACACCUCACCAAGGACCCCUUUCCUGUGUCACACCUCACCUGGAACCCCUCUCUCCUGUGUCACACCUCACCAGGAACCCCUCUCUCCUGUGUCACACCUCACCAGGAACCCCCGGCUGCACACCCGGAACACCCCAGGCUCCUGUGUCACACCUCCCAGAACCCCCCAGGCUCCUGUGUCACACCUCCGGGAACACCCCAGGCUCCUGUGUCACACCUCCAGGAACCCCCCAGGCUCCUGUGUCACACCUCACCAGGAACCCCCAGGCUCCUGUGUCACACCUCCCAGGAACACCCCCAGGCUCCUGUGUCACACCUCCGGGAACCCCCAGGCUCCUGUGUCACACCUCACCAGGAACACCCCCAGGCUCCUGUCACACCUCACCAGGAACCCUUCUCUCCUGUGUCACACCUCACCUGGACCCCCUCUCCUGUGUCACACCUCCGGGAACACCCCCAGGCUCCUGUGUCACACCUCACCAGGAACCCCCAGGCUCCUGUGUCACCUCACCAGGAACACCCCAGGCUCCUGUGUCACACCUCACCAGGAACCCCCCAGGCUCCUGUGUCACACCUCUCCAGGGAACCCCCCAGGCUCCUGUGUCACACCUCACCAGGAACCCCCAGGCUCCUGUGUCACACCUCACCAGGGACCCCCCAGGCUCCUGUCACACCUCCCAGGAACACCCCAGGCUCCUGUGUCACACCUCCUGGGAACCCCCCAGGCUCUGUGUCACACCUCCGAGACACCCCCAGGCUCCUGUACCUCCAGGAACCCUUCUCUCCUGUGUCACCUCACCUGGAACCCUUCUCUCCUGUGUCACACCUCACGGACCCUUCUCUCUGUGUCACCUCACCUGGAACCCUUCUCUCCUGUGUCACACCUCACAGGAACCCCCAGGCUCCUGUGUCACACCUCACCAGGAACCCCCCAGGCUCCUGUGUCCACCUCACCUGGAACCCUUCUCUCCUGUGUCACACCUCACCUCGCCUCGCCUCUGGCUGUGUCCGAAUUUGUUUCCCUUUGUUGAUACUUUGUUUUGUCAUCAUUAAACCCACAUAA